GUAUUAGACUAUAUUGAAUUAAGCCAGGUUGUAAUUAUUUUCCAGCACUCUUCUUCUAGUUCUCUAUCAGCAGUCAGUGGUGAGGCAUGCCUUGACAUGCCUACUGAACGUGGCGUGGGGGAGGGGCGUGUCUGUAACACAGCAUAUUAACAGGAGUUUUUCUAUCCAGUACCACCAAUUUUAACCUGUUGAUGUUACAGUGGAGAUUUUACCAUGUGUUUGUGGUCUGUGGAGGGACAGAGAUAAAUCUUGAUGAGGACUAUGGUGGCUUGAAGAGUUGUAGGCUCAGUUUCAUUGAGAGGAAAACAGUUUGAUUUAAAGUGUACUCCACAGACCUGAACAAGCUGUACUGUCAGCUGGCUAAGACCUGCCCCGUCCACAUGGUGGUGGACCAGCCGCCCCCGCCAGGCUCAGUGCUGAGAGCCACUGCGGUCUACAAGAAGUCCGAGCACGUGGCCGAGGUGGUCAGGCGAUGCCCUCAUCACGAGAGGACCCCAGGAAACAAUGAUGGCCCAGUCCCUCCCAGCCACCUGAUCCGGGUGGAGGGGAAUCCGCGUGCUGACUACCAGCAGGACCUGAACACCGGGAGGCAGAGUGUAGUGGUCCCUUAUGAGCAACCUCAGCUGGGCUGUGGACACACCACCACACUCUACAAUUACAUGUGUAACAGCAGUUGUAUGGGAGGGAUGAACCGCAGAGCAAUUCUGAUGAUUGUCACUCUGGAAACGCAAGAGGGACUUGUCCUCGGCCGUCGCUCUUUUGAAGUUAGAGUCUGCACUUGUCCUGGACGGGACCGCAAGAUGGAUGAAACCAACUUCAGGAAAAUCCAAGAGGCCAAGUCGUCAGUCAAGGCUACCGCUGUCACCGCCAAACGCAGUCUGAAGGAGGCGCCUCAGGCAGCAGCACAACCUGAAGGCAGCAAGAAGGAGGAGAUAUUCAAACUGGAGGUUCGGGGAAGACAACGCUAUGAAAUGUUGAAGAAGAUAAACGACAGCUUUGAGCUUAAUGACUUGGUGCCAUCUAGCGACAUUGAGAAGUACCGUCAGAAACACUCUAAAGGCGGGAACAAACGUGAGCGUGAUGGCUGUACCAUGGAACCAAAAAGAGGAAAGAAACGUCUUGUGAAAGAAAAAGAAAGCGACUCUGAUUAAUAACAGGAGUGUCCUCUGGUAUUUGUUUAUAAAAAAUUAUUGCAGGAAAAUUGUGUCGUGAUACACGGUUAGUGCUUCAGUGUUAAGCACCUCAAAAUGACUUGCGCAAAUAAAAAAUUACCAGUUUCCACCCCUGCACAGUUUCCCAAUUCUCAAUUUUUGUAUUUGAUAUUACACUUUUUUUUUUUGAAUACUCCUUUGUGUGGCGUCUGUUCUGUAUUUGCAUUAAACAAACUCAACCAUGUAGUUGGACACAUGUUAGCAAACAGCAUUUUAGUGCGAGACCCUUCUCAUGUGGCUUUAUUAAGUGCUCUGAGACUACUGCAAAUGGGGUGACAUUUUUUUUUCAAAAUCCACGUAAUUGUUUCCUUGGGUUAGAUGACAUGUACAUGUUGGGCCUACUUGGGAAUUGAGUGCAGGAGACCUGAGGUGGCUUCGAUUUAUUUUUAUUAUCUCCCGAGUCUUCAAGACCCUUUGAUCAUGGAAAAAAAACUCCGUCGUGAAAUGUGUUUGUCGUUAAGGUAUUUUUACACCUGACUAGCGGGAAAACAAGCUAGCAGUCUUAAACAAAGUAAAAUAUAUAGGCUACCUUUAAAAAGUUUCGUGUAUAUAGUUUUCCUCUUAUACUAUGCAUCUCGUUUUCUCAGGGAUACAGGUCUAUUAUAGCCUGGAUACCAGACCGAACUUAGCCCCGCCCACACAUUUUUUGGUUGGGAAGUUCGGUCUGGCAUUACUCCA